AUGGAUGGUUCUUGCAAUAUCGUCGUGGUUGUUUUUCUUUGGUUACUUACCUUAUCCAAUGUUGAUUUAUGCAUUUGCAGAACAUCUUAUAAGGUUCAAUGCCUUCCAAGUGAGCGAGAUGCCUUACUUAAGAUGAAGAGUCAUCUCUCAGAUCCUUCAAAUAGGCUCGCCUCUUGGUCUCUCCAUGCAAAUUGCUGCAGCUGGGCUUCAGUUGUUUGGCACAACAUCACAGGCCAUGUUCUUGAGCUCCAUCUCACGACUCCACCUCCUUCACAGUUCAAUGGCGAUCUAUUUUACGGGACAUUAAUGUUUGGUGGUCAGGUACAUUCUUCUUUGCUUGACCUGAAACAUUUGGAUUAUUUGGAUUUGAGCAAUAAUGAUUUUGGAGGUAUGCACAUUCCUGGUUUUCUUGGCUCAAUGACAAGCUUGACGUAUCUUAACCUCUCUAAUGCUGGGUUUGGUGGAAGCAUUCCUCUUCAAUUUUGGAAUCUUUCCAAUCUGAUCUAUCUUGACCUUGGGAGCAAUCAUUUGGAAGGAAGCAUUCCUCAUCAAAUUGGAAAACUCUCCAAUUUACAAUAUCUUGCUCUCGGAGGUAAUGAAUUUAACGGAAGCAUUCCCCAUCAAAUUGGAAAUUUCUCCAAUUUGCAAUAUCUUGAUCUUGGAGAUAAUCAGUUUAGUGGAAGAACCCCCCAUCAAAUUGGAAACCUCUCAAAUCUAAUCAAUCUUCAUCUCGGAUUUGUUGAAAACCUUCAAUGGAUUGCAGCUCUUUCUUCUCUUCAGCAUCUUGAGCUGAGUUCUUUAAACCUAUCCAACACCUUUGAUUGGUUUCAGGUUCUACAUUCACUUCCUUCCCUGAGAGAGUUGCACUUGUUAGAAUGUGAUUUCAACCAUCAUUUUGAACCAUCCAUCAUAAACUUUUCAUCUCUAGCUGUCCUUCACCUUUCUGAUUCUUAUUUUCACACUUCAUUGAUUCCAAAUUGGGUAUUUCAACUGAAAAGAUUGGUUCAUCUUCAAUUAAACAAUAACAGUUUUCAAGGUCCCAUCCCAGUUGGUAUUCAAAACUUAACUCUCCUUCAGCAUCUUGAUUUAUCUGACAAUCAGUUCAACUCUUAUAUUCCUGAUUGGUUGUACAGUUUUAGUCAUCUAAAGUCCCUUAUUCUCUCUCAAAACUACUUGGUUGGCACAAUUUCUAUGAAUGUUGGAAACUUGACUUCUCUUGUUACUCUUGAUUUACAUGAAAAUUAUUUAGAAGGUUCGAUUCCAAUUUCUGUGGGAAAUCUUUGCAACUUGAAAAAACUAGAUAUUUCAGACAUGAAGUGCAACCAGCAAAUUUCUCAAAUAUUAAAAAUUCUUUUAGCAAGAUGUGUUUCCCAUGCACUAGAGAUUUUUCAUAUGAGUGGUUCUCAAUUAUCUGGCCAUCUCAUUGACCAGAUUGGUCUUUUCAAAAAUCUUAUUGCACUUGAUCUUUCUAGCAACUCCAUUCAAGGUCCAAUACCUAACUCACUGGGAAACCUUGCAUCUCUAAAAUAUCUUGAUCUAUUUAGCAAUUCCAUUAAAGGUGCACUUCCUAGCUCAUUUGGAAAUCUAACAUCUUUGAUGUCUCUUACUCUCAAUAGAAAUCAACUUGAAGGAAAUCCUUUUGAAAUUCUGGGAUUACUCUGCAAAUUGAUUUUUCUUAUUUUGGAACAUAAUCUUUUUCAAGGAGUUGUAAAAGAAGCCCACCUUGUGAAUUUUACCCGCUUGCAAAUAUUAUCGGUAGAAAGAAACCAACUCACAUUAAAAGUGGACCCUAAUUGGAAUCCUUCUUUCCAACUUUUGGAGGUGUUAGCUUUGGCUUCUUCGAAUUCAGGUCCCCACUUUCCAUCGUGGAUUCAAUCACUAAAGUAUCUUUCACAUUUGGACAUCUCCGACAACAACAUUUGUGAUUCAAUUCCAACUUGGUUAUGGGGCAUGGUUGGAAAUCUCGAUUAUUUGAAUCUCUCCCACAAUCAUAUCGAAGGAGAGCUUUCGAAUAUGCUAAUAAACACUUUUUCUGAAGGUGCUGUUGAUCUAAACUCAAAUAAGUUACAUGGCCAAUUACCGUAUGUAUCACAAAAUACGGAAUACUUAGACCUCUCAAGCAAUUGGUUUUCAGGAUCCAUUACUCGCUUUUUGUGUCAUAAACAAGAGGAGACAGGGUUACUUUUUCUUAAUUUGGCAUCAAAUAAUUUAUCAGGUAAAGUACCUGAUUGCUGGGCGAGGUGGCCAUAUCUUGAGGUAGUGAACUUAGGAAACAACCAUUUCACUGGAAUCUUACACACAUCCAUGUCCUCCUUGCCAUGGUUGAAAAUGUUGAACCUUCGCAACAAUACUUUUUCUGGAAAUUUUUUGAGUUUUUUGAAGAACAGACGCGACAUUGUUUGCUUGGAUCUAGGAGAGAAUCAAUUUUCAGGAAUGAUUCCAUCUUGGGUUGGACAAAGUUUGUCAAGCUUAAAGAUUCUUGUUCUGAGAUCAAACAAAUUUUUUGGUCCAAUCCCUUAUCAAAUUUGCGACUUGAGUGUCUUACAAAUCUUGGACCUCGCAGAUAACGAGUUGACAGGACAUCUUCCAAAAUGCAUCAACCAUUUGAGUGCCAUGUUGGUAAUAAAUAAUAGUUUAGAGUCACACAUUUCCUUUGACUUAGUAUCUAGUGAUCUAUGGGUAGUUGAACCAUUAUUGCUGAAAGAAAGGGUUUACGAUUACAGCUCCAACCUUGGUCUUGUCACUAGUAUCGACUUCUCAAAUAAUAGAUUAUCUGGAGAGAUACCUACAGAACUUCCAGGACUUAAGGGACUUCAUUUUUUGAACCUUUCAAAUAAUGAUUUUAUUGGCAAAAUUCCUCAAAAUAUUGGCAAUAUGGAAUCACUGGAGACUAUGGACUUCUCAAGAAACCAUCUUACAGGUGAAAUCCCGCCAAGCAUGUCCAAAUUGAGCUUUUUGAGCAUGCUGAACUUGUCUCACAAUAAUUUGACGGGAAAAAUUCCAACAGGAACCCAAAUACAAAGCUUUGAAGCAUCAAGUUUUGUUGGCAAUUAUGAUUUAUGUGGUCCUCCUCUCAACAAUAGUUGUUCAUCAAACAGCUCUAGCAGCAAAGAAGAAGAAGUCCCUCAUGUUAAAGGAAUCAAUUGGUUCUUUGUGAGCAUGGCAUUUGGAUUUAUUGUGGGGUUCUGGAUAGUGGUGGGUCCUUUGCUCUACAGCAGUUCAUGGAGGUAUGCUUAUUUCCAAUUUAUUGAUCGCAUGUGGUAUAAACUGCAAUACAGUUCCUAUCGGUAA